CCCCUGCCCCCCACUCCCCCUUCCCACACCCCAUCCACGUCUACCUCCUCCAGGCAGAAAUCCGUUACAUUCUGCGCGCACUGUAAGUAUGACAAACCAUCUGUUCCUUCGGAUAUCGACCUAAGGUACUACUCUGAUCCCGGCCAACCGGACACACCCAAACAGAAGACUAAGAAGAAACCGAAGGAGGCCAAAAAGUAUUCUACUGACAGCGACCUGAAGUAUUAUUCCGAACCAGAUGCUAAAUAUUUCGAAAUCGACUACGAAUUUCUUAAGGAACUUAAAAAGAUAGCUCGCAACAACUGUCCUAAAUGCAAACGGAAGCGGGCGAGGAAAAGUGACAAGGACUCACACAGAUAUAAAGAUAAGAACAGGCUGAGACCGCCUCGACACGUUCGGAUGAAGGAAAACUAUGUCCUGUGCAAUGGCAGGUACCACAGUGAUAUGGAGCACUGCCGGUAUUGCUGCAAAAUAUGUAACCGCUCAACCGACACCCUUGACUCCAUGGAGGACGAAUAUUCCCUCGUAUCAAGGAGUUAUAGUCUUCCAUCUAGCAAAGCUACUAUCAGUUCUCGCUCGAAAUCGACUCCGACGAAUCGUCCACGAGAAAGAAAGAACUCGAUUCAAUCGAAUAAGUCAGUGUCGUUUCUAGAAUCGAGCAACGAGGAUUCGUUAAAAGACGAGCCGAAUUACACGGCGAGUAGUUUUACAAAUGACCUGAAGAAGUUUCUUCUCAAACCGUCUUCGCCUCGACUUAGCUUGCGCGAGAAGUUCAUCAUCAGUUUCAAACAAGAGUUGGAGGCGACGAAAAGAUCGCCCAAGCUCAAAGCCAUCAAGGGCCUUUGGAAGUCUUAUUGAAGUAUACCUUUUAUAAUUUUGUGAUUACCGACAGAUCGUAGAACAUUUUUCAAGAUUUUUAUGAGAUCGCGUCAGUAUUCCGGAAACCGUGUUCCAUUUGUAUACUCUUGUACUUUAGUACGAAUAUUUUACACGAAGUAUUAAUGCCUUGGUGCGGACUCGAUCUAAUAUUUCCUUAUCUUGGUGCUUAUUUUUAGGGUUAUACUCUGUUCUCGGUGUAUAGUAUUUUGAGUCAACACAAGUGUUCAGAAUUGGUCUAAACUAUGUAAUAGCAAUAUAGGUGCUAAAGUGAGAUGCUUUAUGUCGCACGGAAAACAUUUAUAGGUUUCAAAGGAUUUUUUUAACUUUAGAGAAUUUAUCUCUGUGUAAUGUAUAGUUAAGAAAUUUAGUAGACGUUUUUUCUCAUCUUAUCUGAAAAAUUAAAAACAUUAGAUUCUCGACCGUCAUAUCAUAUAAUAUUACAUAAAAUACUUUUAUGAUUUAUAUAUAAAGGUGCCACUGAGAUUAGUAAUAUUAUAUAACUGUCAAUUCUGUACCUACAACAAUGGUUUGAAAAAUUUUUUUUAACCUAAAUAACAAAACCAUUUAUUCAAAUGGCUAAAUCAAUAGAGAUUUUUUUAAGUCUGUCUAGUCUACGUCCGUCUCAAGUUAUACUAACAGUUUCACGAAUAUCGAGUUUUUCUUUAUUAAAAAUGAAAAACCAACUCACUUUUCAACAUAGACAUUUCAAAUUCGUUUUGAAUCGCUCAACUCAAUUCAUAAGUCCAUUUAAUUAUCAUCAUAUUUAGACGAAAUAUAAUAUUAAACAAUAAAAUGUUCGUAUAUUUCAAAGUGUCUUAGAUUAGACUAGUAGACGUUUUAUUAUAAUGGACCCUAAAAUGUUCUACAUAGGGCUCUUUUUGCAAGGUAGCAUAGGUAUAGACAACGUUGACAGUAGUUUCUUAGGGAUCAAUAGGAAAUAGUUUUGUUAUGUUUAUAGAUAUUUAUAGUAUUAUUGUGUACCUAAAAGGCAAAUAGUACUGCGUGUUUCGAAAAUUUAGAAACACGAUAGAAUAUUUGAUAGAUGUUUUUGAUUGCAACGAUAUUUGGACGAUAACUAACUUAUUUUUCAAAAAAUAUCUAAAAGAUUUCACGUUUAAUAUCGAUGUUCGUAUAUAAUCAGCGAUUACAAAUAAUUUCAAUAAAUAUAUAUUUUGCACGGUAUAAUGAAUUUAUUGUUUAUUUAUAUAAUAAAUUAAUAAAUAUUUAUUGGAUUAACAUUAUUUAUUAUAUAAAAUGCACAUUAUAAGUAGUUUUUUACACAACGCGUUGAGCACAUAGCACCGUUUAUAUGACGCUAUAAUGUCAUCGUUUUGAAACAAAUAUUAUACACGUCAGUUUUAAGGUUAUAAAUUGCAUAUACAAGUAUUCAUAGACGUUCAGAGAUUUCGUAAAUGUAAGUAGAAAAUAUAUAUAAUAGUUUAACGGAAUUAAUAGGGUUGGAAAUAUGAGACGGACCAAAUUUUUAAUUCGAUUUUGUCUUCUCUAACCCGUAUUGUUUACUAUAAAUAGUUUAGCGAAAAUUAUUUUAAGCGCUUAUUCCGUAAAUACAAUUUGUAAAUGUUAUUUUUUUUAAUCUGUUCAUUUAAUUACGAUUGUUUUUAAAACUUUUGACAAUUCAAACGUUCUAAUAAAGUUUCUAUAUAUUUCAAAUAUAGUUUAGUUGUUUAAGUAUAUAAAGAUUUAUGUAAUGUCCACAGAGUAUCAAAAGAAUUUUUAUCGAACGGUCUGAAUAUAAUCAGCCAGUGUUUUAAAUUUAUCUAUUUAUUUUAAUAUAAAGAGUUGUAAGUCUACGUGUAGUUGUAACAGUGCUAGAGUGCAGAUGAUAAGCGAUCUCAUUGAUAUUCACGUGUGAUGAGGCUUUAUGGAUAUUGAAUUUUUUUUUAUUAUUUUCAGCACAUUUUAGUGGUUAAGUUUUUUUUGUACAGAGAUUUGAUACAAGUUUAUGUUAUGUUAGCGUUAUUGCUUACGCCGUUAUAACAGCUUUACGCUUACUGGAUACUUUGAAACAAUACAACCGUUGUUCGAAAUGUUUAGAAUGAUAAAAAUUCUCUGUAGUAAGUUCUUCAUAAUAAUCUAAUUAAUAAUGGUAGAAAGUUUUGUAAAGGUAACCGUUAUCACAGCAAUAACACAAAAGCGUUUGUAUAUGGUAGGCACUGGCGCAAAUAUAUAGAAAUAUAAGUUAUGACAUUUUUUUUAUAUAUAUUAAUAAUACAUUCGUACAGACAGACAGACAUUUGGGCUGCUUCCAAAUGACGUAGCUCGAGGUUUUGAUGCUCAACAGUGAACAUCGAUCGUUGUUAUAAGAUGCAUUUCAAACCACUUGGAAAUUGAAAGCUAGACAACUUCCAUUUAUAUGUAAUAUAUUUUUAACAUUUACGUGUACAUUUCAGAGGUUCUUUAUUUAAGACUUUUAAUUAAUGGACCUCUUGUCAGUGCCAAUCUUUAUUAAACGUUAAAAGAAUUUAUGGCAACAAAAAUGAAAUAGUUUCAUAAGAUUUACCGAUCUGUUCCUCAAUUACGAUUCCUAUGAAAAGAUAUUUUAUUAUUAAAACAAUAUGGUGCUACUUUAUCGAGAUAUUCAAAGAUUUAGUUAUCGGUAUAUUUUUUGGUGAUAUUUUAUUAUUCUUAAGUAAGUUUACGGAGAAUUUUUAUCAUUCGUUGUCAUUAUCAAAAUAGUUACCAUAUAAGAAAAAUAUAAAUAGAAACGGAGGUUCGAUGUUGCACAAAAAAAUCAUACAUUUAAACCGAUAUUUUUUAACCACUCUUAGUUUUAAGUAUACUUUAAUUUGAUCUGAUAUUACCGUUAAGGAAGUUGCUUAUAUUGUUCGAUUCGAUGUAAAUUAUAAAACUAAAUAAUUAUAUAUAAUUAAUAGUUGAAAAAUGUAUUUAAAAAUUGACAAUAAACAGUAUUUAAAUUAUAAAUAAACGCGGCAGUUUUUACGUCUUAUUUUCGAUAUAUUUAUCUGUUUAAGUUUGUUUAUUAUUAUUAUUUUUUCUCUAUUUUUUAUGUAAAUUCGUUUUGUUCGUAUUUGUGUAUAUCAACUACGACGGUAUUUUCCUUAUACAAUUAUUACGUUUAUAAAGAUUCAACGAAUUGUUUACGAUUUAGAAUGAAGCAAUAAAUAAAUAUACGGAAUGAA